AUGAGCUAUCUUAUCAAUUCGUUUGACCCGCCUCACCACCCGCUCUCCCAGUCCGCUCAUUCCGCCCGCCCUCCCUCCCGCCCCGCCCCCAUGGACCCAGACUCCUUCGCCCAGUCCCAGUCCCAGUCCCAGUCCCAGUCCCAGUCCCAGUCCCAGUCCCAGUCCCAGUCCCACUCCUACCCGCCCCACCAUUCUCUCCCAAAGGUCGGCCAGACCCGCUGUUACUGGGCUAUGCUCUCCUCAGACCUCCAGUUCAUCUAUCUGGACCCUGUCCUCGCAAGUCAUCUAGAGGACCAGGCAGAGCUUCUCGUCGGCAAGUCCCUUCUCUCUUUCGUCCAUCCCGACGAGCAGGCCUCCGCCAAGCAGGACCUCGGCGGUGUCUUGGAAAGCCGCACUCUCCAUGGCUCUGUCACCCGUGUCCGCUUUUCGCGUCUCUCCAAAGUCCGCAGGCAGCUCGGCUACGAUGGUCCUGGUCCAAGCUGGUCAGAGGCUGACAAAAUCGCCCUCGACAAGGAUUACAUGGCCGUAGAUAUCGUCAUAAACUGGGCCGCAGAGGGUCUCGUCUUGUGUUUCAUUCACGCAACAGUUGACCUUACUCCAGACGACAACAACGAGAAUCAAAAGACAGAAUGGACAAAUUGGUGUGGAACUCCCUUCAUGGACCAGGAACAGGUCCAGCUUUUGUACCGUCGUCUUCUAGUCUGUAUCUCCCAGACAGGUUCCAUGUCCAGGGUCUUUCAGAUUCUCUCAAAUCGUCAGGAUAGGCCCGUGCUCAUGAGCUGGCCUCCUGACCCCACUCAAGGUCCUACCAGCAGGGAUUUUGCCAAACUCGUGGAAAACGUUCAAAUCGGGAGCGGAGUUCCCGGCGGAAACGAUGCUAAAACGAGUUGCACACGCAGGUAUAAAGCAUUGCAGGACAUGCCACCACUCAUUGGGGGUGAGGUAGAAAGCAUAUUCAUUCCGCAUGGCACUAUAAUUUUUGCCUGCCACAAGGUCAAUUCGACCCCUCGCAGCAGCGCAAAUCCAACCGCUCCUAUGCAGCAGAUCGAUUAUGCCCCAACGAGCUAUGCUCCCCACCAAAAUGCCUCGCUUUACGAGUCUCCAAAUUCUUAUGCUCUGCCCCCUCUUUCUACCUCUACACCAGCAUAUAGCAAUAAUUAUAUCACUCAGCAAGGGCCUAUGGUUCAGCCUUCGUAUUCUCCACAACGUUGGUCUCAAGCACCACUCCCACCUACUGUCAGCAAUUUGAGAUCAGGAUCCUAUUCUACCACUUCACCCACGCAAUCUCCCCAGACGUGGACGUCUGGACCCCCAUCAGCGACGUAUUUGGAUACUCAAUCUACCCCUUCAUUCAAUCGGGCCCCAUCUCCCAGCUACACUUACUCUGCGACCGCAGGCAAUAGUGCAGCGACGUCACCGACCUCUGAUGUCGUACCUCCUCCGAGGCGCCGAAUUAGUCCUGGUUCUUCUCGAGAUCACACCGGGGCCGUUCGGGCCACUGGGAACCGACCUACUGGCGUUCAAAAGUGUUCUAGCUGUAAGGCAACUUCCAGCCCAGAAUGGCGAAAGGGUCCAAGUGGAAAAAAGGAACUCUGCAACGCAUGUGGCUUGAGAUAUGCACGUUCACGCGCCAAGAAGGAGGGACCCAAUCAGGCACAACAGCGACGCCGAAAAGAAAAGGGAAAUUCAACAAAGCGAGAUUCGACGACCCCUCCAACGACCACUCCUGCAUACUCGGCCAUCCGUCGUAAUUACGCAGACAGCUCGUUCUCUACCUCGUCCGCGGGGUCUGCUUCAGGUAGCGAUAUCUACCCCCACUCGGGACAUCAUGUUAUUGAUAACAUGACCCCUUCUCCUUCUCCGCCGGCGGCUUCCAACAACAUGAAUUUCGUACAUUAUACAGGUGGUUCAAACGGGUCUGAUUCCCGACCAUCGUACACCGGCACGGGCAGCACAUUUUAUUCUGUCCCUUCCCCGCUCUCCAACACACACGUGUUGCAACAGCAACAGCAGUCUACGUCGCAUAUGACCACGACGCAGUUGCCGCCUCUCGGGCAGCUUUCUUCGUACGCGGAUCGGUUGUCGCCUAUGAUUCCUUCCGCGUCCCCGUUGUCACAUUCCUCACUCGGCUCAUCCUUGGCGCCUGUGGCUUCCUAUGAGCGCGAGAGGGAUCGCGAGAGGGACUAUCGCGAGAUGCCUCCGACGCCACUAUCCGCUGAACCUCGACUGGUUAAUAGGAGGUCGAUCGUGUCUCAACCGUGA